AUGGAAGAUGCAGAACUUCAGGCCAUAAGAAAGGCGCGCUUAGCCGAAUUGCAAAGAAAUUCUGGACAAGGGCCAUCGGAAAAGUCUUCUGACAACACUGAAUCAUUGCAGAUAUCUCUUCUUUCGCAGGUGUUAGAACCACAAGCCAGAGAAAGAUUAUCGAGAAUCAAUAUGGUUAGACCUGACCGUGCCAAAGCAGUGGAAAAUUAUAUCGGAAAAUUGGCACAAUCUGGUCAAUUAAGAAGAAAAAUGACUGAAAAGGAGCUCGUUCAAAUCUUGGACGGUAUAGCUAGGGACCAGGACCUGCAAAACCAAUCGAAGAUUGUGUUUAAUCGUAAAAAUGCUGCCAACAGUUACGGUGGUGAUGACGAUGACGAGGAUGAUGAUUUCUUUGAUUAG